UGUGCGUGUAUAUUUUGAGGUAAUACAUGAAAUAUUAUUCUGGUCAGUCGUAUCAAUCCAACCGCAAUAAUCAUGAUUUUAAUUAUGACAUUUGCCUCGUCGUUUAUUAGUAAUAUCGCGAGUGAAUUGUCAUUAUUUUUUAAGUGUACAACGACUUUAGAAAAUGUCAAAAAAACCUAAAAAUGAUAAUAUUUACGAAGUAUUGGAGGAUGAAUUGAAGAAAAAGUUACAAAGUGAAAAAAGAACACGACGAGUUAGUGACGUUAUUGACAGUAUGGGAGAUCGAGAAAUAGAAUCAGGAGUUUAUCGUGCGUCCAAGCAAUCAAAAUCAACUAAACUGGACGCGGUUUCACCAGAUCAGGGAUGCAUUACAACACCAGAAUCUGUUAAAAUUUUUAUGCCCGAAUGGUUGAUAAGAAAACCUGACGUUCUAGAUGCGGCACCAAAUAAUAAUUUAGAUCCAAAUCAAGAUGAAGCUACUAAAGAUUCUUCAUCAAUAGCAAAAAUGACAACAUCAAAGGAGGCACAUAAUUAUAAUAUGAAUCAUAAAAAUCGAGGGAAAUGUGUAAUUUUUAAUCACGACAUAUUUGACACUGGAUUUGAAAAAAGAGAUGGUUCAAUAAAUGACGUCAAGAAAAUUCAUAAAACUUUUCAAAAUAUUGGCUUUUCUGUCGAAAUGUUCGACAAUUUGAAACAUAACGAUAUUAUUGAAAAAAUAGAAAAACUUCAAAAGGAAGAUCACAGUGACAAUGAUUGUAUUUGCAUUUUUGUUUUAACACACGGACUAAAUAAUGAUCUAAUUUGUGCAAAAGAUGUUGCCUAUUCAUCGGAGCAUAUUUGGAAACCGUUCACUGCCGAUAAAUGCAUUUCUCUCGCUGGAAAACCAAAAUUAUUCUUUUUUCAAGCAUGCAGAGGUGAUAAACUCGAUUCUGGAAUUUCAUUAAUGCGAAGUGCUGUUAGAACAGAAACUGAUUCUGCAACCGCUGCAUAUAAAAUUCCGACUCAUGCAGAUUUCCUCAUUGCUCACAGUACAGUUCAAGGAUUCUUCUCCUGGAGAAAUCCACAGGAGGGCACAUGGUACAUUCAGUGUUUAUGUGAAAUAAUCGAUGAGCAUGCAGAAACGACGGACCUCGUUAGAAUGCUGACAAUGACAUCGCGUAAAGUGGCCACGGAAUAUGCAUCCUAUGAUGACUUAAAUCCAACAAAACACGAUCAAAAGCAAGUGCCAUCAAUCACCUCAAUGCUAAUACGUGAUUUAUUUUUUACCACGAAAAAAAAUACAAACUCUGUCUAAAUUUCUCACAAAAUUCAAAAAAGAGAAAAAAAACAAACAAGCAGGAUAAAUAUUAUAAAUAUUUUUUUUUUCGAUUGUCACAAACAUAUAAAUAUACAUUCUCUAUACGAAGAUGAGAGAUGAAACGGGGAAAAGCACAAAAGGAAAAUGACCUUUGAAUGUCGAGUGGCUCCGGUAUAUACCUCAAAAGCGUCUUUUUUAGACAAAGGAUGAACGACUUCUCGUCGUUCGUGUUCCACUUUCUUUUUUUCUCUCUCCUUUCCUUCUUUCUUUAUUUUUUAAUUCUCUAUCCAGAAAAAAAGAAGAAAGAUGACGAAAAAAAUUAAAGCCAGACUUGUUAAUGUUACAUGAAAGACAAAGCGUUUCGACAAUCAAAGUAGAAUUGAGAAUUCUUUGCUUUUCCUUUGACAGCGAACAUUCUACAAAUGGCUUUAAAAAUCUCUAGCAAAAAAUUAUCGUUGCUUUUUUCUAUUUUUUUUUUUUUUUACUCUUAGAGACGAUAAUUUAGAAAUAGAAUUUUUUAUUAAUUUAUAUUUCUUCAAAAAUCCAUUUUGUUGCAUUUAGCAAAUAGUUUGUUUAAAUUAAGAAUUAGAAAAAAGAAUAUUGUCGAAAUAUUAUUACAAUGUAAGAAAAACUGGGCGAUGGCUGAACUUGCUAAGGCGCUUGCAAUAGUGCGCGUAGUACGAGGUUCGAUUCCCCUUGGGGUAGCAAAUUUUUAUUUAAUAUUAAUAUAACAUUAUAAUUAAUAUUAUUAUUAAUUAUGAAAAAAAAAUAAUUAAUAUUAUUAUUAAUUAUGAAAAAAAAAUAAUUAAUAUAAAUAUUAGG